GGGUACCGCGGCGCUGCCACCUGCGCAGCCACCGCGCCGCCAUUGGCUCGCGGAGAAGCCGCUCUAAUCCGCGCCGCCUCCGCCCCCGCGCGGCGCUGCGCUCCGCGGAGUCUCUGACCUUCCUCCUUCCCGCAGCCCCGGAGAGACGCGCGACGGUCGCGCCGAUCUCCUCCUCCCACGGGAAGCCGUCCGGGCUUCAGGCCGGGCCGCCGCCGCCCGCUUCGCCCCCCGCCGCCGAUGGUGUCCGGAGCUCUGGCGCCCAGCUUGUGAGCGCGAAGUCCCUGACUGCCCAUCCGCACCUGCCUGGCUCCUUCCGGCUACGCCAUGUCUGGCUCCUAUGAUGAAGCCUCGGACGAGGUCACAGACAGCUUCUGGGAGGUGGGGAACUACAAGCGGACGGUGAAACGCAUCGACGAUGGUCACCGCCUGUGCAACGACCUCAUGAGCUGCGUGCAGGAGCGCGCCAAGAUCGAGAAAGCCUAUGCGCAGCAGCUCACCGACUGGGCUAAGCGCUGGCGUCAGCUCAUCGAGAAAGGUCCGCAGUAUGGCAGUCUGGAGCGGGCCUGGGGUGCCAUGAUGACAGAGGCAGAUAAGGUGAGCGAGCUGCACCAGGAGGUGAAGAACAGCCUGCUGAACGAGGACCUGGAGAAGGUCAAGAACUGGCAGAAGGACGCCUACCACAAGCAGAUCAUGGGUGGCUUCAAGGAGACCAAGGAGGCAGAGGAUGGCUUCCGCAAGGCCCAGAAGCCCUGGGCCAAGAAGAUGAAGGAGCUGGAGGCGGCCAAGAAGGCCUAUCAUCUGGCUUGCAAAGAGGAGAAGCUGGCCAUGACUCGGGAGAUGAACAGUAAGACGGAGCAGUCGGUCACCCCUGAGCAGCAGAAGAAACUUCUGGACAAAGUGGACAAGUGCAGGCAGGACGUGCAGAAGACUCAGGAGAAGUAUGAGAAGGUGCUGGAGGAUGUGGGCAAAACCACACCCCAGUACAUGGAGGGCAUGGAGCAGGUGUUCGAGCAGUGCCAGCAGUUUGAGGAGAAGCGCCUGGUCUUCCUCAAGGAAGUCCUGCUAGAUAUCAAACGGCACCUCAAUCUAGCAGAGAACAGCAGCUACACCCACGUCUACCGAGAACUGGAGCAGGCCAUCAGGGGUGCCGAUGCCCAGGAGGACCUCAGGUGGUUCCGCAGCACCAGUGGCCCUGGAAUGCCCAUGAACUGGCCUCAGUUUGAGGAGUGGAACCCAGACCUCCCCCACACCACUGCCAAGAAGGAGAAACCGCCUAAGAAGGCAGAGGGGGCCACACUGAGCAAUGCCACAGGGGCUGUAGAGUCCACAUCCCAGGCUGGGGACCGUGGCAGUGUUAGCAGCUAUGACCGAGGCCAACCGUACGCCGCCGAGUGGUCAGACGAUGAGAGCGGGAACCCCUUCGGGGGCAAUGAGGCCAAUGGCGGCGCCAACCCCUUCGAGGAUGACGCCAAAGGGGUACGUGUGCGGGCGCUCUACGACUACGAUGGCCAGGAACAGGACGAACUCAGCUUCAAGGCGGGAGACGAGCUCACCAAGCUGGGAGAAGAAGAUGAGCAGGGCUGGUGCCGCGGGCGGCUUGACAGCGGGCAGCUGGGCCUCUAUCCUGCCAACUACGUUGAGGCCAUCUAGCUACCCUGCCCAUCCAAGUCCUCUCGCUCCUUGUCCACCGCUCCCACCCACUCCCUCCCCUCGCCAUAGAGUUCCAGACAUAUUUUCCGAUCAAGCUUUUAUUUUUUUAAAAGUCAAACAGAACAAAAGAAAUGCAGAGACAGCAUUUGCGGCCUACCUGGAUGGAGGCCAGGGUGGUGGGGCUUAGGACAACGGCCCCAGCGUGGACAAGGGAUUUAGCCCAAUGUCACAUCUGCUCUACAGAGUCCACCAAAGAGUCUCCUGAGCCCUGAGGGAUACCUUCUGGAUCCUUCUACCCUGCUUUUCUCCCCUGCCCCACCUCAGGCUGCCAGCAGCUGCCCUUGUCACCUGAGCCUGGCUUCUUCACCUCUUCCUCCUUCCCCCGCUCCCCCCUCCCAACUUCUACCACUACCCCCUUCUUUUUUAUUUAUUUAUUUGUUUAUUUAUUUUUUGGUUUUUGGUUUUUCAAGGCAGGGUUUCUCUGUGUAGCCCUGGCUGUCCUGGAACUCACUUUGUAGACCAGGCUGACCUCGAACUCACAGAGAUCCACCUGCCUCUGCCUCCCGAGUUAUGGGAUUAAAGGCGUGUGCCACCACCGCCCAGCUUACUACCCUCCUCCACAUCCCAAGAAGGAGGCCUCCCAAUCUGUAGUCUUCCACUCUGCCCUGGGGGUGCUGUUCUCCCAGUCCUGAUCUUUUGAUCACGCUUAUCUGUGGAGCUUCCAGGGCUCUCCAGAGCUAGAGGAAGUGAUGGUGUCCCUGGCACACGGGAGAGUGAGGGGAAGAGCAGAUCCUAUCCAGGCUGUGCCAACCUCCCAGUGCCAGACCCAUUUUGAGGGAUGAAAACCUUGUCUGGGCCGUGGUCAGAGGAUCCCCAGAGCCAUUCUGCAGCUAGCAGAGGCCCUGCCUUCUCCUGAGGCCUUGACACUGGGCAAAGCCCCCCUCACCCAAGCCCAGGGCAAAGCCAGCAACAGUAGCAGCCUUCUCCCGUUCCCUGGGGAAAAGGCAUUGGGCAUCCGUCCCCCGUCCUUCAUGGCCAUCCAGAAAUGCCCCACCCUUCUCUGUGUCAGCAUCGGCCUUUGUGAAGCCAGUACGCAAGGCUCUCAACCUCCCUUUUCUUGUUUCUGUCACCUGGCCAACCUGGGAGACACGGGCUCAGGGGAGCAUCCAGGUCCCCUCUAGACUGGGGAGACACGGGCUCAGGGGAGCAUCCAGGUCCCCUCUAGACUGGGGAGACACGGGCUCAGGGGAGCAUCCAGGUCCCCUCUCGACUGGGGAGACCCGUGGGCUCAGGGGAGCAUCCAGCCUGGCCCUUGAUGGGGAAGCCAGCAGCCCAGGCUGGCAUGAGAAAGGAGCUCUGGAUGGUCACCCUAUCUUUCUGUCCCUUUUGGUUUUCCAACAUUACCCCCUGAAUGCUGGCAGCCACCUCCCGCAAUUUCUCUGAGCCUGAGUCUCCAUUAAAGGACUCUGGGUGGUGGGAAGGGACACAGGGCCUUGUGGGUGGAAAGCGGUGGCAGCUCUCCUUUGGGUGGCGUGGGAAGCAGACAGGCUGGAUAACACCCCAGAGGGGAGAAUGGGCAGAGUCUGUUUAUCCGAAACUUUGGGAACAAGGACCUGAGGAGUUCCAUGCUCACAGCCAGUAUCUACUAGGCCUCUGAGCCACUGACACCCUCUGCCUCCCGGAUCGGGUGGCUUUGGGGCCUCCAGGGAAAGAGCAUGCGUCCUUAUGUUCUCUAGGACCCUUGAGCUACUUCUGACACUGUCUGGUCUUGGACCCAGGCAUCGGGGCUCUGACCCUCUUCUCGUGGUUAGGGCGGUGGCAGGGGCCUAUGGGGGUCAGUCCUUCCUCAGGACCAUGAGCGUGGCAUCCUAGGGCUGCCAGCAUCCUCUCCCUUGUCACCGUUUGCCCUAGGGACUUCUGCUUCAGCCAAGGUUGGAUGCUGGGCCCCUCAGGACCUGAAGCAGGAUUCGGAACCUUCCUUUUUCCAUAGCUCUUCCUGCCUCCCCGGCUGGCAGGAAUCCUCCACCCUAGAAAGGCAAGAAGCCGCCAUGUCUGCACCUUGGGGCCUGGGCUCCCCCUCUGCGCUAGCGGCUUCCCAGCAUCUGGAAAGGGGCUGUGGCCCUGACUAGACCCCAGGCCUGCCCCCCUCAGCACACUAGCUGCCCAGUCGUGGGCAGGGACUGGAAAAUCUCUCUCUCUCCCUUAUGAACAACCACCUUCAAUGACCCCAUCUGUGACCAGACUUGUUCCUCAAGCUCCUCAGCACCCCAGUGCUGGAGGAUCCCUGGAAAUCCCUAGAGCCCUGAGCCUGGCCCCACCUGUCAUGACUGGUGUCGGGGCACACAUACCCUCGCUGUGUCCACACCCCUCCUGUACUCCCCAAGGGCCCCAUUGAUGCUGCACGGGACCCUGCAGGGCUCGGUCAGUGAUGUGUUUUGUCCCCAGUUAAACCACCAUCCUGCAGCCUGGUUCCAGGGAGGAGCCAAGGCUGCCCCACCGCCCGCCGCCGCCACUGCGUCUGCCGCCCUAGGCUUCCUGACUCCAUUAGUUCCGACACUUGUGAAGCUCCGAGAAGUGCUGUGGUCUCAGCAAUGUUUUGUACAUGGUUGUGUAAUAAAAGGUAUAUAAAUACAAAUAUAUAUAUAUAUAUCAGUUGUGACUGUAUGACUGUGGAUAAAACCAAAAUUCUAUCA